GCGAGGACAAAGCAAGAUGGCGUCUGACGGUGAAGACGUUAUUGCAGUCGUCACAGUUCAGUGUUCUUAAUCUGUGCCUCCAUGUACACAUAUAUGUCCUUUAUUAAACUCUAGUAAAUAGAGUAAACAUCGUUAAUAACUGUUUGCAUCCGGUUAUAUUAGUCUGAGCGCACUUUGAUGCUUCUCGAGCUAGCUUAGCCUGCUAGUUACCUUAGCUUGUUAGCUGCUAACAAAGAGAGGCGGAAGUGAUCAAAACACAUCACUAAGUAGAGAUCAAGUGUGAGUGUAAAGUGUUGUGAUUGUGUGAAAAUGUGCCAAAGAACCAUAGCAGAGUACGAGGAGGAACUUUGUCCAACAAAAGAGGAGAAGGAGCGACAACAUGAAAAACAUCAAGUUGUGUUGCACAGAACAGACAUCCAUCAGCUGAUUGGACACCAAGAAGAAUGUCUCCCUCAUCUGCAGGGGGACAGUUUCACUUUAGAGUAUCCACAACCCUCACAUUUUAAAGGGGACAAGAAGGAUGCACAGCCCUCUUAUUUUAAAGAGGAAGAGGAGGGAGAGUGUCCUGUAGGGCAGGAGGAGGCUGAUGUCAGCAAGUUUCCACUGACUGUUGUCUCUGUGAAGACUGAAGAGCAUGAAGACAAACCACCUGAGUCCUCACAGCUUCAUCACAGUCCAAACGUCUGUGAAGAACAUUUUCUCCCUGAGCAACAGAAGUGGAGCUUCAGGAUGCGGAUUGAGGAGCUACAGCCCUCCCACAUUAAGAAGGAAGAGGAAUACCCACUGAUCCCGCAUUUUAAAAUGGAAGAAGAGGACCCACAGACACCCCAUUUUAAAGACGAAAAGGAGGACCCACUGACACUCUAUUUGAAAGAGGAAGCAGUGGAUCCACUGACACCCCAUUUUAAAGAGGAAGAAGAGGACCCACUGACACCCAAUUUUAAAGAGAAAGCGGUGGAUCCACUGACCCCUCACAUUAAGGAGGAAGAGGAGGACCCACUAACCCCUCACAUUAAAGAGGAAGAGGAGGAACUCAGCAUUGGUCAGGAGGGAGAGCAUCUUGAAGGACUGGAGGAGGUUGAUGUCACCAAGAUGCCAGUGACUGGUGUCCCUGUGAAGAGUGAAGAUGAUGAGGUGAAAGGUGAAAGUGAGGAGAGGGGAGGGGGGGAGCCUCCAAGCAGCAGCUCAACACAACACAUGACAACAGAAGCUGAUGGAGACCACUGUGGAGGAUCACAAGCAGACAAGCUCUUAGCUCCACUAUCAGAUAGUGAGGACACAACGUCACACUCUCCUGACACUGAUGAUGAAGACUCUAAAGAUGAUAAGACAUGUCACACUGACAACACUCACUUCACAUCUUCUCACUCUCACAAAACUUUUAAAUACCCAAGUCUUCUGAAAGAACACAUGAGAACACACACUGGAGAAAACCUUUUUCCUGCUCAGAAUGUGGUAAAAGUUUUGCAACAAAUGGAAAUUUUAAAUUACACAUGAGAACACACACUGGAGGAAAACCUUUUUCAUGUUCAAUCUGUAGAUUGCGGAGCUCCUGCUAAAGAUGAAACAUUUGGCAGAAAUACCGGACAAUUCCACAGACUUCAUGGCUGGCUCACAUCGUGGUCACUCCGUGAUCACGUACGACCGCCAGACACUUCUGGAUGUGGACACAUCGGGCCGUUUUGGACUGAUAGACGCGUGCGUGCUAAACAUGCUAACUAGCAUGGGAAUACGUCGGCGGCUACAUCCAGCGGCCUGUGAAGCAGGGGAGUCUAGUAGCAGCGGGGGCCGUCUACGGAGCAGACGCCAGCGGUGUGAUCGGAAACGCGGAUGUCGAGCGGGGCUAAAAACAAAGCAGAAGGCUAAUCCCCACAGAACACCACUUUCCUCCAUCCCGAAGACGGAUUUAGAUGGAAAAUGCGAGACUACUGGUCUGGGUAAGGAGUCAGUUAAAUUAGAACACGUUUUUUCUGCUUUGAGUGUUUCAGAGUUGGACAUGUGUUUUACUGAGGUGGCUAACUAUGAUGCGUGCAGUUUAUCAAAGCAACAAACAAACAAUCGGAAAAUCCCCGUUACUGAGGUGGCUAACCAUGAUGCGUGCAGUUUAUCAAAGCAACAAACAAACAAUCGGAAAAUUCCUGUCGUAUCAAUUCCUAGAUAUGGUCGUAACUAUACUAAAUGCACUGGGCAUAAUAAACACAACAUUAUUAAUAUUGCUACUACG